GAUCUGGCUGCCCGACUCCCAGAUCAGGAUUGCGCAGACAGCUGAGAUAGAUCUCUUGAUGCGGUUGUGACGCUGCUGAGACGAUGAGGUCCAUCUACGUCGGCUUAGCAGCAGCGCUGUGCUGGACCGGCGUGUUGGGUCUGGACGCCAAUAACCAUGCAACGGACGAGCGCAUCGCCGAGCUGGCUGGGUUGGCUGCCGGCCGUCGCCUCAUGAAAUUCGGCACCCGGCACCGCAACGCCACCAGCAACUUCGCCGAGCUGGGACUGCGGCAGGCAAACGACCAGUGCGGCGCCCAGUACGGCAGGUGCCCUGGAGAUCUGUGCUGCUCCAGCUACGGCUACUGCGGUGACUCGAUCGACUACUGCAACCCGCUCUUUGACUGCCAGCCAGACUACGGCACCUGCGGGUGGCCGAGGACGACUGCCGCACUGCCGCCCACGACGACGACGACGUCUACGCCGGUUGCACCCCCUACCACGCAGCCGACCACGACCACGACCACGCGGCCGACAAGCCUCCCGACUACCACCACCACGACGUCUUCAGGCGCCUCUCCCACGGCCGGCAUGCAGACCACCACCAACGGUAUGUGCGGCAACAACACCAUGUGCAUCGGCAACCCCAACUUCGGCCCCUGCUGCUCGCAGUUUUUCUGGUGCGGCUCCUCCAUCGAGUACUGCGGCGCCGGCUGCCAGAGCGCGUACGGCGCCUGCCUUGGCGUGCCGGGUCAGCCCGGCAACCCCCCAACCAACGUCACCACGACGCCCGGCUUUCCCGGCCAGACCACCACUACGACCACGCCCACUCCUCCGCCAACCACGACGACGAGCAGACCCACGACCACCACCACGACCACCACUUCGUCCUCGCCCACGGUUUCGAUCCCUCCGGGGCUGACAUCGAGCACGGACGGCAGGUGCGGCAAUGGCGUGACGUGUCUAGGAUCGAACUUUGGGCGCUGCUGCAGCCAGUUUGGCUACUGCGGCGACGGCGACCAGUACUGUCCCUACAUUGUUGGCUGCCAGCCCCAGUUCGGCUACUGCGACCCGCAGACGGGCGGGGGUUAAUUAGACGGGAGCGAAGACGGUCCAUGCAUGUAGGAUACUAUAUGCUGUUGUGAUCGAGGCGGUAGAGGAGUUUCGGAGUGCUGUGUUGCCCCCCCUAGGUAACAUCUGUUCUCA